AUGUUUUUUUGUCCUCGGUGUGGUAAUAUGUUGAUUAUUGAACAAGGUGAUACAUGCCACAGAAUGGCCUGUAAUACAUGUCCCUACAUUUGUGAUAUCAAACAAAAAAUAAGCGAACGAAUGUAUACAAGAUUGAAAGAACUAGAUGAUGUCUUGGGAGGUAGUGCAGCGUGGGAAAAUGUUGAUUCAACAGUCAUUCGAUGUCCAAAAUGUGCACACGAAAAAGCAUAUUUUAUGCAAUUGCAAACGAGAUCUGCCGAUGAACCGAUGACAACAUUUUACAAAUGUGUUUCAUGUGGACAUAGAUGGAAUGAUUAA